GAUGAUGAGGUUGUCCUUCAGUGUUCAACCGUACUCUUCAAUGAACAACUGAAGUUAUGUCUGGCUGCCGAAGGCUUUGGAAACCGGCUCUGUUUUCUGGAACGUACCUCUAAUGCUCAGAAAAUCCCUCCAGAUCUGGCAAUAUGCUGCUUCAGUUUGGAACAAUCCUUGUCCGUACGAGCCCUGCAGGAAAUGCUGGCAAAUACAGUGGAAGUGGGUGCCGAGUCCUCUCAAGGUGGUGGACACCGGACUCUGCUUUAUGGACACGCUAUUCUUCUCCGGCAUUCCCACAGUGGCAUGUAUUUAAGCUGCUUGACCACAUCUCGCUCCUUGACGGAUAAACUUGCCUUCGACGUAGGCCUGCAGGAGGAUGCUUCAGGAGAAGCCUGUUGGUGGACCAUCCACCCUGCCUCGAAGCAGCGGUCAGAAGGGGAGAAGGUGCGCGUGGGGGACGACCUCAUCCUCGUCAGUGUCUCCUCUGAACGGUAUCUGCACUUGUCCACAGCCAGUGGAGAACUUCAGGCUGAUGCCUCUUUCAUGCAAACCCUUUGGAACAUGAACCCCAUCAGCUCCGGCUGCGAGGAAGGGUAUGUGACUGGUGGCCACGUCAUGCGCCUCUUCCAUGGCCACAUGGAUGAAUGCCUCACCAUCUCCACCACAGAUCAGAAUGAAGAGCAGCGCAGGGUGGUGAACUAUGAAGGGGGAGCUGCCUGUUCCCAGGCCCGAUCCCUCUGGCGCCUGGAGCCCCUCCGUAUCAGCUGGAGCGGCAGUCACAUGAAAUGGGGUCAACCGUUUCGUGUCCGUCAUGUCACAACGGGACAUUACUUGGCACUGACUGAGGAGAAGGGGCUGGUUGUGGUGGAUGCUGAGAAGGCCAACACCAAAGCAACAUCUUUCUGCUUCCGGAUCUCAAAGGAAAAGCUGGAUGUGGCUCCAAAGCGAGAUGUGGAAGGCAUGGGAGCCCCUGAGAUCAAGUAUGGAGAGUCCAUGUGCUUUGUGCAACACGUGGACAGUGGUCUCUGGGUUACCUACGCAGCUGCCGACGCCAAGGCGCUGCGUCUGGGAUUGCUCAAGAGAAGGGCCAUCUUGCAUCAGGAAGGGCAUAUGGAUGAUGCCCUCUCACUUACCCGCUGCCAGCAUGAGCAGUCACAAGCCGCCCGGAUGAUCUACAGCACUUCGGGGCUUUACAACCAGUUCAUCAAAGGCCUGGAUACCCUGAUCGGAAAGGUCAAGUCAAGCACUCCCGUGACUCUUCCCAUUGAAGGUAUGAUACUCAGCUUGCAGGAUCUGAUCAACUACUUCCAGCAUCCCGAGGAAGAGCUCCAGCAUGAAGAAAAGCAGACCAAGCUCCGUUCCCUAAAGAACAGGCAAAACCUCUUCCAGGAGGAGGGGAUGAUCACCCUCGUUCUGAACUGCAUCGACCGCCUCAACGUGUACAGCACUGCUGCACACUUUGCGGAGUUCGCUGGAGAGGACGCCGCCGAGUCUUGGAAGGAGAUUGUGAACUUGCUCUAUGAAUUGUUAGCCUCGCUGAUCCGUGGAAACCGCUCCAACUGCGCCCUGUUUUCCAACAACCUGGACUGGCUGGUCAGCAAGCUGGACCGAUUGGAGGCUUCCUCUGGCAUCUUGGAGGUUUUAUACUGCGUGCUCAUUGAAAGCCCAGAAGUGCUAAAUAUCAUCCAGGAAAACCACAUCAAGUCCAUUAUCUCCCUCUUGGACAAACAUGGACGCAACCACAAGGUGCUGGACGUUCUCUGCUCUCUGUGCGUCUGCAACGGCGUGGCUGUCCGCUCCAACCAAAACCUGAUCACUGAAAACUUGCUGCCAGGGAGGGAUCUUCUCUUGCAAACAAGGCUCAUCAACCACGUCACCAGCAUGCGCCCCAACAUCUUCCUGGGCACACACGAUGGAUCCACCCAGUACAAGAAGUGGUAUUAUGAGCUGAUUGUGGAUUCUGUGGAGCCAUUUGUGACUGCACAGACCACGCAUUUGCGGGUUGGCUGGGCCAUGGCUGAAGGCUAUAGCCCCUAUCCAGGAGGUGGAGAAGGCUGGGGCGGCAACGGCGUUGGCGAUGACCUUUACUCUUUUGGCUUUGAUGGUCUCCACCUUUGGUCAG